GUAAUCGGGGUAAACAGUAAAGAUGGCGACGUCUGUAGCCGGAGAGGGGCAACAAAGUCUAAAUGGGAUUAUUUCCGAGCCUCAGACUAAGAAACUGACCGACCUGCCGACUGAGUUGCUCGAACACAUCCUGUGCUUCCCCGUCCUCAAACAUGUCGACAUUUGUAACGUCUCCUGCUGCUGUAAGCGGCUACACGACGUUUGCCACGGAAGAGGGAAGGUCUGGGGACACCAGUACAAACUCAGAUGGCCCAGGCUGCAGAGGUAUUACCGUCAGAAUGAGUGCUGUGACUGGCUCAGAGAAUACAAAACACGCCACAGAGUUGGGAUACAAAUACGAAGGACCGUGGAAUCAAUCUCAAAGAGGUUCUUCACUGAAGUUCCUUGCGUUGGCCAGGUGCUGGGAGACAGCUUUGCAGAGAUCGAGUCACUCGGGAUGCCGGAGCACUUCUGCGAAGACGAGCUCCUCUUCAUCCUGAACUCUGACAAGAGGAAAAGCUUGACCUUGAAGUACUAUGCAAAGAAAAUCCUUUACUUCCUGCGACAACAGAACAUCCUGAGGAGUUUGAAGACCUUCUUGGAGCAGCCUGUGGCGCAGCAGUCGGCUUUAGAGGGUGCUGUACUGGUGGAUCAGUAUUGUAACCCACUGGCUGAUGUGACAUUGAACAGCGUAUCUGCCCAGCUGGAUGAGAUAACGGAAAAAGUCAAGAAGAUGCUGAGAAUCAAGAAUCCCUCUCACCCCAGCCUGCGUAUCGCCCAAGGCAACUGCUUUGUCGUAGAGGACUUUGAGCUCCAGAGGCAGGUGGUGUGCGCCCUGAACUCUGUCCUGUACGAGCAGCUCACAUACAAAGGCAACGAGUUCGACUACUACAACCCUCUCAACUCUUACAUCCACCAGGUGCUACUACGCCGUACAGGCAUUCCCAUAAGCCUCUCUGUCCUCUACAUGACAUUAGCCCGGAAGCUGGGUGUUCAGCUGGAACCUGUCAACUUUCCCAAUCACUUCCUGCUGCGCUGGUGCCAAAAACCAAGAGGGAGUGAGGACAUAUAUGACUUUGUCUACAUUGAUGCCUUCGGUAAAGGCAAACAGCUGACAGCCAAGGAGUGUGAGUACCUCAUUGGCCACCAGGUGACGGCAGAUUACUACAGUGCCAUCAGCACCACCGAGGUGCUGCUCAGGAUGGUGGGAAACCUGCUGAACAUCGGUAAAAGAGGGGAAGGCAAUGAAAAAUCCUACCAGCUGCUGAGAGACUCUCUGGACCUCUACCUCACUAUCAACCCAGAUAAUGUGCAGUACCUGCUGCUGCAGGCACGUCUCUACUUCCACCUGGGCAUAUGGCCAGAAAAGGUGCUAGACAUCCUGCAGCACAUUCAGGCAUUGGACCCCUCCCAGCACGGGGCAGUGGGUUACCUGGUGCAGCACACGCUGGAGCACAUCCAGCACAAGAAACAUCCAGUUACACCUGAGGUGAAGAAGCGCAGCGCCCCAGAACACCUGGAGGUCCAGUAUUCAGUCGGCCUCAUCAUGAAACACAAGAGGUCAGGAUAUAACUGUGUGAUCUAUGGCUGGGACCCAAAGUGCACCAUGAGUCAGGAGUGGAUCACCACCAUGAGGGUCCACCAGCUGUCCAACGGGGCCAACCAGCCUUUCUACAACGUCCUCGUGCAGGACGGAACAUGCCGCUACGCCGCACAGGAGAACCUGGAGCCCCACUCAGCCCCCCUGGAGAUCGGCCACCCGGAGGUGGGACGUUACUUCUCCGAGUUCGCCGACACCCACUACGUUGCCAACGAAGAACUGCAGACACGAUACCCAGAGGACAUGGUUGAAACUUUGGGCACAGUGCAGGAGCUUUACCACAGACUGACACCUGGCUCUGGGAACCAGGAACAAGCUCCUGCCACAGACCAAAGCAACCACCAAGCCAUGCCCAUGUAGCGAAGUAGCUGUGUCCAACACCCUGCAGACCAGGGCUAACUAAUUACUGGUCACCCGUUCUCAACGCACAGUCCACUUAGCUGUUGCUUUGUUUCACAUACUCAAGACGAGGAAACGUGUAAUGGAGAGGAACACACAAAAGUGAUUAACAAAUGUGGUUUUGUAUCACAGUCAGCUUCAUGUGCAGGUCUGUAAAGAUUUAUUUUAACUUUUCCAUGUCUGGAAAGUUGACAGUGUGACCAAAAUGUAUGGAAACAUUUACGAAACACAUCUAAAUAUUGUAAUGCAUUUGUUGUGAAAACAAAGCUCAAACUAUGGAGUGUUAUCCAGGAUGCAGGAAAUCCAGUCACAAAGUUUAGUUUGGAAAAAGUAUGAAAACCCAAAGUAGUGCUUAAGUCGACACCUUGGAGAAAAAAGAAUGUAGACUUAAAGUACACAGCUAAGUGGAUGAGUCAGUUCAGGAUGGGUAUCCAGGUACUGUAAAUCAUCCUUUACCUAGAACCAAGGAAUGCUCCUUCACCCACACCUCUCUGCACCCAGCACCAGUCAAACAAGCCCCCCAGCAUUUAGUCCAACCCCUCCAGUUACAGUGCCACACAGAAGACUAUAAAGAAAAUACUUUGUAAAUUGACUUGUACUUUUAACUCCCCAUCUUUUAAUCGAGUUUCAUGCACUUCAGAAAGUUUAACUUUCACAUUUCUAGAUUAUCUUGUUUUUUUUUUCUGUGUAUAUUUACAAGUGAAACAUGUAGGAUGUCGUGGCUCAUCAGUGUCGCUGAGCUGUUAAUGGAAAAACAAAAGAGGAACCAAUAAGGACACCACUGACUUGAAACACAAAUGACUGUGAGCUUUGAGGAAACUACAACAAAAAUAAAGCGUUUCAAGUUUU